AUGACUGAGGAUCAAGAUGCCAAGGACACUCAGUCAGAUUCAGGUAGUAAAACAUUUGUUAACAAGAGCAAGGAUAAGAAAACGAAGGCACAGCGGCCACUGACCAAAAUUAUUCUGCGAAGGUUGCCGCCUGCUAUGACGGAGGAAGCGUUCCUGGAGCAAGUGUCACCGAUUCCAGAGCAUGACUAUUUUUACUUCGCUAAACCAGAUCGCUCACUCGGAAAUAAUCUGUAUUCGAGGGCUUACAUAAAUUUUGUGAACGUGGAUGAUAUUUACCUAUUCAGAAACAAAUUUGACGGAUAUAUUUUCUUAGAUGAAAAAGGUUUGGAGUAUGUUGGCAUAGUGGAAUAUGCACCAUUUCAAAGGAUCCCCAAAAAGAAAAAGAAGAAGGACCCCAAAUGUGGUACAAUUGAGAGUGAUCCAGUUUACCAGGACUUUUUGGAGAAGCUGAAUAAGGAUCAGGAGGCAGACAGCCAGCCCAAGCUUGAAUAUUCAUAUCCCAUCAAUGAUGCUAAUGACAAAAAAGUGCAAUCAACUCCACUGUUAGAAUACUUGGCUGCCCGCAAGCAGGACAAAAGGGGCAGAGAUGAGCGUCGCCGUAGAGAGAAUGAUAAGAGAAAAAUGAGGAUUGAGAGGAAAUCUAAAGACUUGACUAUAAAGGAAGAAGAAGCAGGAGAAAAUGAAGUUAAGAAGAUUAAAUCAAGAGAAUGGGAAAAAGAAAAGUCUAGUGAACCAAAAGAUGAUCAAAUAAAGUCUGAUGCUAAAGAUGGAACAGUUUUUGAGUCCAAAACGUACAGGGAACAACGUAAACUUAACACUAACGUAGUAACAGAUAAGAAGAAAAAAGAUGACAAAAAAGAAACCAUUAUUAGAGAUGACGACCUAACAGAUGACAAGAAGCGGGAAAAAUUCAAAGAGUCGCCACGCGAGCAAAAGAGUAAAAAAUAUAGUGACACAAGAAAGGAAAGAAUCAAACAGACAGAGUUUACGAAAUCAGAUAAACAGUCAGUAAUAAGUAAAAUAAUAUCAGCAGAAGCUAAAACAAAGUCACUGAAUCAUGAUGAUAUCAAACCAUUCACUCAACUGCCGCAAGUGAAAACUGACGAUUUGAGUAAAAUUAUUGAGGGGAUGGAUAAAAAGGCCAAGAUUGAAUCAGAAGCUUAUUCUGAAUUAAAAAAAGAAUUAAAGGAUUUCAUUGACGAAACAUCAGACAAAAAAAACGAAAUUAAGGAGAGGAGAAGCAGUCUUGAGUCUGGAGGGGAACUGUCAGUGAAAGAGGAGGGUAUAUUGGUACGACAAAAGUCUCUCGAUGAAAGGGGCAACUCCAUAGACAGAGAAGGUUCAGAGGAGAAAGAAAAAGGCGAUAGUUCUGAUAGGCGCACAGAAAGAAGAAUUAGGAAUAAGGACCGCCCCAGCCUAGUAAUCUAUCAACCAGGCAUGGGGAAAUUUAGUAAGCAACGCCUCGCGAAGGAAGCAACGCCGUCCACUACCAAGCCUGUUAGCGAUAGUGAAAAGAAAGACACCUGAGAAACCCAUAACUUUCCACAAACUUGGACAACAUUCAACGGAACCAACCUGAAGCUGGCAUUCAUAACGUGUCCUUGCAGACAAAGUAGAAGGAGGGCAUAGAACCCGCCAACUGAGGGAAACCACUGCCCGUGUUUAGUCAAGGCUGUCGUUCUAUUGGUUUGUUAAUUUACCUGCAAUUUAGUUGAGUUGGAGAUGUUUUGUCAUAAUGAAAAUCAGCAUAGCAAUCAAUAAUGCUUCAUAUUUUAGCUUGUGAUCAAUAUAGUUCAGUUUGUUUAAUUUCAUUUAAAUAUAAUUCGUUUUAAAAUGGGAU